AGCGAACCAGCAGAAGGGACUUUCCUGGCAGCCUGGCGACGAGGAGCGCGGACAGUGAGUUUGCUCUGCCCCGGUUCAUGGUUCCUGCAAGUCCUCUAGGAGGCCGAAAGCUGCAGCCCCUCCCCUUGCCCCGAAGAGCCUCCCGCUUUCGCUGGCCCUCGGGCCCACCCCGCGCCGCCCCAGAUCCUGCCGCCGCAGCCCAGUGCCCUCUGCCCGCGGCGGUGGAUGGCAUGAUGGUGCGGAGAAGGCACCGCGGCCUUGGCCAGCUGAGUCGCGACGGCCGCCGGGGCGGCGGCAGUGGCCGCGGCAGCGGUGGUGGUAGCAGGCUCCCCAGCGGCAUGCCAGUGCCCCCCGGGCGCGAUGGCUAGCGGCAGUGCUGGGAAGCCCACUGGCGAGGCGGCUUCUCCGGCUCCUGCGAGCGCCAUCGGCGGGGCGCGGAAGAGGCUGGUAUCCGUCUGCGACCACUGCAAGGGAAAGAUGCAGCUGGUGGCGGACCUGCUGCUGCUGUCGAGCGAGGCGCGGCCCGUGCUCUUCGAGGGCCCAGUCUCCUCUGGUGCCGGCGCCGAGUCCUUCGAGCAGUGCCGAGACACCAUCAUCGCGCGCACCAAGGGGCUCUCUAUCCUCACCCACGACGUGCAGAGCCAGCUCAACAUGGGCCGCUUCGGGGAGGCGGGGGACAGCCUGGUGGAGUUGGGCGACCUGGUGGUGUCGCUGACCGAGUGUUCGGCCCACGCAGCCUAUCUGGCGGCUGUGGCCACGCCGGGCGCGCAGCCCGCACAGCCGGGCCUGGUGGACCGCUACCGCGUGACGCGCUGCCGCCACGAGGUGGAGCAGGGCUGCGCCGUGCUGCGCGCCACGCCGCUGGCCGACAUGACGCCGCAGUUGCUGCUGGAGGUAUCGCAGGGCUUGUCGCGCAACCUCAAGUUCCUGACGGAUGCGUGCGCCCUGGCCAGUGACAAGUCACGGGACCGCUUUUCGCGCGAGCAGUUCAAGCUGUGCGUCAAGUGCAUGAGCACCAGCGCGUCGGCGCUCCUGGCCUGCGUGCGCGAGGUGAAGGUGGCACCCAGUGAGCUGGCGCGCAGCCGCUGCGCGCUCUUCAGCGGGCCUCUGGUCCAGGCCGUGAGCGCCCUGGUAGGCUUUGCCACCGAGCCACAGUUCCUGGGUCGCGCGGCAGCCGUGAGCGCCGAAGGCAAGGCGGUGCAGACCGCCAUCCUGGGAGGCGCCAUGAGCGUGGUGUCGGCCUGCGUGCUCCUGACCCAGUGCCUCAGGGAUCUGGCGCAGCACCCCGACGGGGGCGCCAAGAUGUCGGACCACAGGGAGAGGCUGAGGAACUCGGCCUGCGCCGUGUCUGAAGGCUGCACCCUGCUAUCUCAGGCUUUAAGGGAGAGGUCUUCGCCCAGGACUUUACCGCCAGUGAAUUCCAAUUCUGUGAAUUAGCACCCCCCCAUACCCCUUCUUCCACCCCAGACUAAAGGAAGAUACUCUCUGCCCCUCUCCAUUUAUACCAAAGAAAUCAUAGGUGAAACCCUCUACCCUCCCCAACGUUAAAUGCUCGAAAGGAAUCUUCCACAAGGCAGGGCCAUGCGCACAACCUGCUCACGCACUCCGAGGUCCCAGGUGUCUGUCCACCAGCCCCCACGCGGUAGGGACUGGAAGAUGGUGUCAUCUGCUGGCUGUGUUAUCACUCCCGCCCCCUACCCCAGCCCGUCUUCCGGAAUUUCUCAACUAAAUUUUAUUAUUAAUUGGGCAGGAAGGAGGUCAUGGGUUCAUUUCAUUUUUGUUGUUUAUUGUUGUUAAGUCAAAGAAAGGUUACCUCAGUUUUCACUCCUUAGACAUGGAUGUAGCUACCUUGUUUUGUAUGUCAUUUUUUUAAGCAAUCAUGUUGAAUUAGGAGUAUACUUGGUGUGGAAAGAGUGAAUUUGCCAUGUGAUUUGCAAAUGGGGGGAAGCUACUGUGAGUGUGUGUUUUAUUUUUUAAAUUACACUAUAGAGUGAUUUUUUUCCCCCAACGUCAAGUUUUUACCUUGCAUGUACUGGAGUAUUUAUUUCAUCUAUUAAAAUGUUAUGUUUCUCGGA